GGCACAUGUCUUUUGUGUUGUAGAAGAGAAUGAGCGAUGCAAAUCGAAGAUGACAAGUGCAAGGGCAAAUACGACAGCAAGAUGCAUGGUGACGUGUGUGGGGAAGGAGUCGACUCUGUCGAAGAAGGACAAGCACUUGGCAAAGUCGAAACGAGAUUAUUGUUGGCAGGUUCGAUACUGUAGACUCGACAACCACAGACAAUCUCAAAGCAAACAAUGGCUGCACCUGUCAAGAAGCGAGGCCCGACCGUGCUGGUCACGGAUGCGCGCGAACAGCAGCCUCAGCGGCCGAACACUCUCCCUCGCACCGGCACUACGAAACUCAUCUCAGUCGACAAUGUCUUGCAAUUCUCUUCCGACAUCCCCUCGGCCCAGAGACGUGGUCCUCCAGGAGGUCUUAGACCCGCACAACAUACGCGCACCCCUAGCGGCCGACACCCUCUGGACCCGAAACUAGCAGGCCGCUCUCUCAGCAUCCCCGUAGGCGGCCCUCACAUCCCAGCGCGAAGCAGUAAAGUCAGCGAAAAACUUGUCUUGCUCCCCGAGACGAGCGAGAAAACCCCCUCCGAGGAAGAUGAGGAUGAGGACGAGGCUCCGCCAUCCGACGAGCAAAUCCGCCGCCGUAAAGCUCCCAGGAUAGGCGACAAGAGUUAUGCCGAACGCCUACCGAAAGCAAGUCGUGCCGACAAACUGGCCAGAGUCACAGCAUACUGCACUGCUCAGAGCUACCGUCUUCGCGCCACCGCCGACUUUGUACGCGAGCAACAUGGUGCUCGCACCAAGCUGUAUGACGACUGUUUGUAUGCCGUCUACCAACUGCCUCUUCUGGGCGGUAGCGAUGGCUAUCGCAUUCGCAGUAGUCCUGUCUUGAAGAACCCUGGUGGUCGAAGUAUCCUGGACGAACAGAUCGAGGCCAACGAGCGCCGCGACCACCGUGAAGGCUGGAUGGAGGAGAGUGAUGAAUACACAGUCCAUGGUAAUGCCAGGGACCACGAAGAACCAAACUUCCGCCGCCACAGCCACUCAAGCGACUUGUCAAGUUCAGGCCACAGCACCAUCGCCGAUGCCUUGUCUGUCGCAGAACUUUACGUCUUCAGCUAUGGUGUCGCCGUCUUCUGGAAUUUCACAGCACAUCAAGAGAAGGACAUCCUGGCCGACUUGACUUUCAGCAGCUCCUCAAAUAUCCCGACCAAACUCAGCAGCACUUCUUCACCAGCCUUGACCAACACUUUGGGUCUCGUAUCACGACCGCUCAGCGAAGCCGACUUCGAGACCGAAGACUUCCACUUUGAGUACAAUGUUGAUAUUGACAAGCCUCGCAUAUUCAACGACAUGAUUACGUUACGUACCAACGACCAUAUGAUCAAAUUGGCUAUGAGUCAUGCCAUCUCACAGUCGACCAAACUUAGCUAUUUCGAAGAGCGCAUGCAGCGCACCAUGUCCGAAGCACAGUAUGUGCCUCGUAAGCUCGCUCUGGAGGGCCAACUUGGAAUGAGCCGUAGUCAAGUCGUCAGUCUUGUCGGAAAGCUCUUCCAAGGCCGUGUCGAUGUCAACCUCAGCUCCAACAUGCUAGACACACCAAACUUCUUCUGGGACAGCGAACCGACAUUAUUACCGCUUUAUGCCGCCGUCAGAGAGUAUCUCGAGAUCAAGCCUCGCAUUCAAGUGCUCAACGAACGCUGCAAGGUGUUCUUGGACCUCGCUGAAAUUCUCUCAGACGCUAUUGCAGAUACAAAGAUGACAAAAAUUACAUGGAUCGUCAUCGUGCUCAUCGUCAUAUCGAUCUUGGUCACUUGUUCAGAGGUGAUUCUAAGAUUUGCUAUUUUGAGCAGCGGCAAGGGUGAAGGAGAGGGAGUUGCGAUUCCGAGCCCGAAAGAGCUUUGAGCAUUGGUGUCUGUGCAUUACGACAAGGAGUUUAUGGAAUAAGCGAUGAGUAAGGAGGAUCGGCGUUGGCAAUGUACAUAAUUGGUUGCUUCACGAGGGUAUCAAGGGGAAGGGUUUUCGAAAGGAAGGUUUAAUAUCACUUUUAUCUCCUCUGCAG